GACUCGCGAUUACGAGCCCUACUUGCCGAGUGCCGAAAUCAGACGCGACUGCAGGCUACUUCUACCCACGAUAUGGCGAGGUUUUAAGCAUGCUUGCAAGCUUAAGAACAUGAAGCUACACUUAUCGUGGAAACAAGAUCUCCCGAUCGUUCCCGUCCCUGACGGCACUGGUGCGGCACUGCAGGUUCCGUUACCCCAAGCGGGCUGCCAUGUAUGACCCCGGAUACUUGGCAAAUCACAUCACGAAUCGCAGCAUGCGUCGGGAAGAUCUUCAGUGUCUGUCAUAUCAGGAAGCAGUGAAAUCGACCCCGUGGGGUGCUGUCGUCCCAUGAUUCUCGGUGUCGAUCAUGGCCUAUCAUGGCCUUGGUGGAUUGUUUCAUACCAUUUAUUAAGGACCUCCCCUACCAGAGCGAUCACUGUACAUGGCACGCCAAUGUCCUAUUGGGGGGAUUACUUCCUUGUGUAGCCCACCUUGGGCUGGCUGCCCGCAGUGUAUCGGAUAUAGAGACCAAGAGACUGAAGAGGUACAAAAGGAGGGUCAGUGCCGGGAAGAUGGAACUGAUGAAAGUUGAAACGCAAGCUGCUUGAGCCUUCAACUGUACAUAUUACGCUUUUGGAUCGCCUUUCGCUCUCAUCAUGAAAUUUACCGGCCUUGCUUCGUUCGCCUUAUUGGCAACUCUGGUAUCGGCGUCGCCGGCGCAGGUCCUCUCAAAGAGGGCAUCGGUCCAGGAUGCCUGCAACAUUGGCUACUGCACACAGAAUGGCGGCACCAAGGGUGGCGCGGGCGGUACAACAACGACCGUCACUACUCUGGCUGCUCUGACAGCAGCCGCCGUCGCCGAGGGUCCCGCCAUUAUCAUCGUCUCCGGCAAGAUUACUGGCGCCGCCAAGGUGCAGGUUGGUUCUGACAAGACUAUCAUCGGCGCCCGUGGCAGCUCUCUCGAGGGCAUCGGCCUGACCAUUCUGGGAAGGAAGAACGUCAUCAUUCGCAACAUGGCUAUUAGCAAGGUCGAAAACGCCUACGGCGACGCAAUUACCAUUCAACUGUCCAAGAAUGUCUGGGUCGACCACUGCGACCUUUCGGCGACACGCUCCGGCGACAAAGACUUUUACGACGGUCUCACAGAUCUGUCCCACGCUGCUGACUGGGUCACGAUUUCGAACACAUACUUCCACGACCACUCCAAGGGGUCGCUCGUUGGCCACUCCGAUAACAACGCCGCAGAGGACAAGGGGACCCUGCACGUAACAUAUGCCAACAACCACUGGUACAACAUUCGCAGCCGUGGUCCUCUCCUCCGAUUUGGCGUUGCCCACAUUUACAACACUUACUUCGACACCAUGGACACAGGCCUGAACUCCCGCAUGGGCGCCCAGGCUCUCAUCCAGAGCAGCUAUUUCGAGAACGUCGGCACCAAGGCCAUCUUCUCCGAAUCAAGCAAAGAGAUUGGAUAUGUUGUUGCCCAGGAUGUCGUUCUCACCGGCAAGAGCCAGAACCAGGCCCAGGUCGGCACCUUGACGGCAAGCAGCCCGCCCUACUCGUACAAGCUUGUGGGAUCUGCCAACGUCAAAGCUGCCGUUGUCGGCGUGGCUGGCCAGACGCUGACCUUCUGA